GAUUUGUCACACACAUUUUGAAACAUAUGGAGCAUUUCUUCUUUAGCUAAGUGUUGGGACAUCUUACAAUUAAAUAGUUACAUUAUUAUUGUUAUUUUUAGUUAUUAUUUUGUUGUAUUUUGUCAUAUUGUCAUUACAGGAGUACAUUUCACUUAUGACGCACAUAUGCCCAUGAGGCCAUUGGCCAGAAGGAACUGGAGUUGUUUUUGUUUGCAGUAAAAAAACAAAAUUCAGUUUAACGUUAAACUAAAUGGAGCUUAAAGUGUUUACAGUGCUGUUUUUGAGUGCUUUGUAUUUGAGUGAUCUGACUUCACCACAGGACAGCUGUGGGCAGCGGCUCCUGGUCUCCCCCCCUGGUGCAUUUCGUAUAGUGGGGGGGCGGGAGGCUCCUGAGGGGGCUUGGCCCUGGCAGGUCAGCAUCCAGAUCCAGUCCAAGCACCACUGUGGCGGGACGAUCCUCAGCAACCUCUGGGUGCUCACUGCCACACACUGCUUCCACAAAUACCUAAGGAUCAUCAAAAGCCAUUUCCAUGUGGUGGCAGGACUUAAUGUGUUAUCUGCUCCAGGAGCUCAAACCCAGAUCCGCUCCAUCAGGGAAGUCAAAAUGCAUGAGGACUACGAUGACGUCACGUCUGACAACGAUGUGACACUCUUGCUCCUCAGCUCUCCCUUCAACUUCACUGACCACGUCCAACCAGUCUGCACUCCUCAUAAUUUGACUCAUGAGUUCAUCCUCAACUUCAGCCACUGUUUCAUCAGUGGAUGGGGGAGCUCCUAUUACAGAGGCAGACUGAUGAACAGAUUGCAGGAAGCUGAGGUGGAGCUCAUUGACAGGAUUACGUGUAACCUGAUCACCUGGUACAACGGCCUCAUCACUGAAAACAUGAUCUGUGCUGGACUGGAGAGCGGGGCGGCUGAUUCCUGUCAGGGUGACAGCGGGGGGCCCCUGCAGUGUUACAGCGAGGACGAGGACAGGUUUUAUUUAGUCGGAGUCACGAGCUUCGGGCACGAGUGUGGACUUCCUCACAGGCCGGGGGUGUACGCCAGAACCAGCAGGUUUGCAGGUUGGCUGAAGACGAGUCAGACAGCAUCAGUGUCUGCUGCACACAGACUGAACACAAGACUGAUCUCAGCUCUGCUCAGUGCUGCUCUGAUGCUGCUCUGAAUCAUCCAUACAGUCUGUCAGCAAUAAAUAUCACUGCUAUAUAUGUAUAUCAGACUGUUUAGAUGUUUUUAGCCGUCUAAAUUUGCGAUGAGAUGUUCCACAAACUUCACCAGUCAACGCGUUUAGACUGUUAUGUCUAUGAGAGCAUGUUUAAUGGCCUAAUGGUUUCUCAAUCAGCGUCUUACUCUGAGUGGUUUACAACAUGAAAAUUGUAUUUUCUGCCAAAGUUAGACUUUUUUUGUUAUUUCACAAGGCAUUUCUGUAUUUGCAUUUUCAACAAGUGUACAUAAGUAAGAGUUCUAAUAACACAGUCAACAAUAUACUAUAAAGUAUUUAUAAAAGAGAAUAAUAUAUUGAAUACAUUAAAAGAUAAAGGCAGUAAGUAAGUUACAUAAUGAGGAAAAAACAUAAAAAGGCUAUUCAGUUUUCAAUAUUUUCUAUAAUGUAAGAACUGAUAGCUUUUGUUCAACUCAAUUAAGAGAAGAGGGAAGGUCGGAAACCAGAAUAUUUUAAAUAAAGAAUUUCUCCAAUAGAAUAAUAGUAAUAAGAAAAGAAACAUGUUUGUUCUAGAAAAUGUGUUCUAGAACAAACAGGACACUUGCUUUAUCUAUUCAAGCUUUUAAUUAAUCAGGAGUCCUCCUAACCCUUCAAUGGACUGUUAGACCCCUCAUCUUCUGGGAAAGGUUUUUAGAACAUCUGGACCAAAAUCUAUCUAGUAACAACUUAUUAACUAAUUAAUUUACAAUUAAUUAAUUUACAACAGCAUAUUGCAUGGCAUAUUAGAAAGUGACAAACUCCCAAAUUGUUGGAAAUGUAAGACGGAGGACGGCUAAUUACUUCAUGUCCUAUGGUCCUGUGAUAAGGCCCAGGAAUUUUGGACCGGGAUACAUGGUACCCUAUGUCGGAUUGCAGGGACCAGGGUUCCAUUCAGUCCAAGAUUAUUUGUUCGGGGAGAUAGGUCAAUCCUAAACGGGAUGGAUAAGCACAUAAGAAGCUGGGUCCAGACUAGUUUACAGAUAGCCAGACAGAUUAUUUUAAGAGGAUGGAAGAAUGAAGGGGUGCAGUCAAUCCAGAAGUGGGCUUGUGAGAUGGCUAGGGUGGCAGCAUUUGAAAAAUGUCAUAUACAAAAAAGCGUUCAUGUUGCGAGUUGUAUGUUUUGUAUGUUGUUAAAAAAUAAAAAUUGUUAAUCCCAAAAAAAGAGAAGUGAGAUACCAAUGAGCAUUUAUCAAUGGUUCACCAACAUUUAUAAUAGCUGUAUUACCAAAUAUAAACAAUCAAUAUCAGACAAAUGUAUUUUUAACAAACUGGCAACUCAAGACUUGUUCUUAUUAAUGGCAUGAACAUCAAAUGGCAGUUUCUUGAAACUCCAUCACAACUUAAUGAAUGCUUGAAAACAUCUCAAACACAGCAGUAUGUUUUUCACAGCGGUUGGCGGUGAUGUUAAGUGUAAGUGAUUUGUAGCAAAUAGGGUAAAUAAAACAUGCAAACCACUAAUGCAUAGUGAAGAACCUGUCAGCCAGUU